UUCCCCAAUGGAUUUGCAUUCCUCCAACAUCAUUUACAUCUUCCUGAUCGGCCUCCCAUUAUUCCAAAGUGGUUGCACUCUGUGGCUUGUGUUCUCUUUUUGUGGGCUAGAUUUGAUGCCCGUCCUGAAACAGAGAAUCUGUCUACUUCUUCAGUUGGCUUGGCUGUAAGUCUCUGUGCAAUUGCUGUUCAAAUGAGGCUUCUGGAGAAGGGUUCCAUUAUCGAUGUUAGAGGCCGUAGUGACAUUAAUGGGAAGUUAAUGUCCAUAAGAGGCAGAAAUAUUUCUGGAGCAAGAAUUGAGCCCUUAAGAUUCGCCUAUUUGCAUAUUAUUGCACAAAUCGAAUCAGUUUUUAACUAUUUAACUGCUUUAAUUGAUGUCAUUGACGCGUUGAUGCCAGAAGAAGCUGGGUGUGGAAUGGAAUUUCUUCCACCACAGAUAAUGUUCCCAUCGGGAUGUCUGGCACAUCAUAUUGCCUGCAGACUGUCAUAUGCUCAACCGAAGGAUAGAAUGAGAGAGGCUAUGGAGACUUGGUUGCCAGAGCUUCUUGGUCGUGUUGAAGCGCAAUUUGUAGAAGAGAUUAAAUCGAUGUUUUCAGGAUUGAUAAGGUUCGUAGAUAGUUGGACGGCUUGUGUACCGCCAGCGGAAUUCUGGAAUCGUAGAAGAGACCACCCCCCACCCAGUACUUCAGAUCACCGACCAGAUCAACCGAGACGGGCAGAUAAUCGUCUUCAUGGAAAAGCUUGGCAACCUCGCAAGGAUGCAGACUUGGAACCAGCUGUGAUAUGGCGUAUGCGGGAAAACGGUCUUAUUGAUUAG